UGUCCGUCAGCUCCAAUACAAUUCAAAAUCAAAACCAACCCAACGGCUACUUUUUCCCCAAUCUCCCUCAUCUACCUCUCUUUCAUCCCUCUCUUUCACCAAACCCUAACACACAGACACUCUCUCUCUUUCUCUCUCUCCCCCUCUCUCUCCUUCAAUGAAGCAUUUUAUGCAGCCGAAGAGCUCGAUCUUGAGAGAGAAUCAAGAUCCGCCUCUCUCUUCUUCAACGAAGAACAGAUCUCAAAGCCGCAAGCAGAAGUUCUCGAAAGAGAACGCUCCGCCGCCCGAUUCCAAUUCGAUAUCCGACUCUUCCUUUUCUCCAGCCGUCGAUGCCGGUAAAUUGUCUCCGGCCACUGCCAAACUGAAGUCGCCGCUCCCUCCGAGGCCUCCGAAGAACUUGAAGAAGCUUAAUUUGGAUAAUGUUGCCGAUAAUGGAGGAAACAUCGGUGGUUCUGAUUCUGGAGUUCAGGUCAUAGUUCGAAUGCGACCACCAAAUAUGGAUGAAGAGGAAGGAGAGAUGAUAGUUCAGAAAAACUCAGCAGAUUCUCUAUCAGUUGUUGGUCAGACAUUUACAUUUGACUCGGUUGCUGAUUUUAAUUCAACACAGAUGGAUGUAUUCCAACUUGUGGGAGCUCCUCUUGUGGAGAACUGUCUUGCUGGAUUUAAUAGUUCGGUGUUUGCAUACGGACAGACUGGGAGUGGAAAGACCUAUACUAUAUGGGGACCAUCCAAUGCAUUGUUGGAAGAAAAUCUAUCAAGUGAUCAACAAGGAUUGACACCCCGCGUUUUUGAACGGCUUUUUUCCCGCAUAGAUGAGGAGCAAGCUAAGCAUACUGACAAACAACUUCGUUAUCAGUGCCGCUGUUCUUUCCUAGAGAUAUAUAAUGAACAAAUCACUGAUUUGUUGGACCCAACUCAAAGGAACCUCCAGAUUAGAGAAGAUGUAAAAACUGGCGUAUAUGUAGAGAAUCUAAGGGAGGAGUGUGUUAGCACGAUGAAGGAUGUGACCAAACUGUUGAUGAAGGGCUUGUCAAACAGAAGGAUUGGCGCAACAAGCAUAAACACUGAAAGCUCCCGCUCACACAGUGUCUUCACUUGUGUUGUUGAGUCACGUUGCAAGGGUGUUGCAGAUGGCUUGAGCUGUUUCAAGUCAAGUAGAAUAAAUCUUGUUGAUCUUGCCGGGUCAGAAAGACAAAAGCUAACAGGGGCAGCUGGAGAUCGUUUGAAGGAAGCAGGGAAUAUUAAUCGGUCACUUUCCCAGCUAGGGAACUUGAUAAACAUCUUGGCUGAAGUUUCUCAAACUGGAAAGCAGAGGCAUAUACCUUACAGGGAUUCAAAGCUGACAUUUUUGUUGCAGGAAUCCCUUGGAGGAAACGCGAAAUUAGCAAUGGUUUGUGCCAUAUCUCCAGCUCAGAGCUGUAAAAGUGAGACACUUGGUACACUGAGAUUUGCCCAACGUGCAAAGGCAGUCAAGAAUAAGGCAGUUGUUAAUGAGGAAAUGCAGGAUGACGUAAAUGUCUUGCGAGAAGUAAUACGACAGCUUAAGGAUGAACUUUUUCGAGUGAAGCAAAUGGGAAACUGUAUGGAACCAAAUGGAGGCUAUUCAACAGGGUGGAUUGCUCGAAGGAGCUUAAAUAAUCUGAAAUUUAGCCUCAACCGUCCUAUGACGUUACCACAUAUUGAUGAUGAAGGUGAUGAAGAGAUGGAAAUUGUUGAACAAGCCGAGCAAAUUGGUUUGCUGCUAGCAGGAAUUGAAGGAAAUAAGAGCACUGAUGGAAAGAAACUUGAAAUGGUACAGUCAGCAGAUUCAAAACAGUUGAACUCUACAGAAGGACAUCAAAAUGCAUCUCAAAGGAUGUCGAUAACAGGAAGGGACUCCAUUGAGGAAAGUGAACUGGAAACGAAAUCUAAGAAGGAUAUCGAGGAAUCUGAGCAAUUUAUAGAACCGUGUGGUUCUGAAUGUACUGGUGCAAAUAUGGAAGACCAAGUUAACAUUGUUGAUAGGCAUGAAACUAUGUCUGUAACCUUUGGAGAAUUGGAAUUACAUGGUUCAAUAGUUUCUGAAGCACAGCUUAACACUGAUAAGACUUCUAAAGAAAAUUUGACCAGAUCAUCUCAAAAGAGUGAGAUAAUCUUUCCACGUCAGCGUGAUGCUCUUCAUAAUUCUGACACUGUUAGUGAAAUGAUAGAUGAAGAAAGCUCAAGAAAUUCAGUGAUGGAUAUACUCAGUCGUUCCCUGAGGCAAUUAUCUGCAGAUGAUGUGAUAGACACCAUACCAAAGCAUUCAUUUAGCUCAGAUGAUCGUUCAAAUCCUUCUGAUCUCAACGUAGUGACGUGUGUCUCAGAUGACAAUGCAAAUCCUUCUGAUAAAAACACAGUGACAUGUGAGGUAUCCCCAGUUCUCGACUCUGUUUCUCCAACUGUUCCACCUAGACAAGAUUCUGCAGAUGUUGCAGCUGAUGUCAGAGCGCAUGACUCUGCAAAUCGAUCUGAUCUCAGCAUCGUGCCAUGUGACCCAUUGCCUGUUUUAAAGUCUCCGACUCCAACAGUUUCUCCAACAACAACUUGUAACAGCAGCCAGAAAUUCUCUAGAUCCUCGUCAGGCACAUCCAUUUCACAGAAAGAUCUUAGAGACAGCAGCCUGACCCCGGAGACUAUACGCCUAUCAUUUGCUAAGCCCUCAAAAAGUAAAUGUUUCAAUGCGCAGACCAGUCGAAUAGGUAAAUCAGUUAACCAACCAAGUGAACAACUGGCUGCUAGCCUCCAGCGUGGUCUUGAUAUUCUUGAUAAUAAUCGCCAGAGUUCAGGUUUGAGGCGGUCAUCGUUUAGGUUUUCUUACAGGCCCGGUGAUAUUAAACCACUUUUAGCUCACAAAGUUGAUGUGGGUGUCCAAGCUAUUAGUCAUGAUGAUGAAACUGCAGACACAGAUCCGGUGAACUUUUUGUGCAGUAAAUGCAAGAGUAGGGAUUCAGAAGAAGUUUCUGAAGAUGCUACCGAGAAUUCAAAUCUGCAGUUAGUUACUGUUGAAGAUUGGUCACAGUCUGCUGAAAAGUCAAUGAAGCAACUUCCAAAAGCAGUAGAAAAAGUGUUGGCAGGAGCUUUCAGGAGAGAGAUGGCACUAGAGGAAUAUUGUGCUAAGCAAUCUUCAGAAAUUACGCAGCUUAAUCGUCUGGUCCAACAAUUUAAACAUGAGAGGGAAUGCAAUGCUAUAAUUGGGCAAACACGUGAAGAUAAAAUUGGUCGACUUGAAAGCCUGAUGGAUGGCAUUUUGUCUACUGAAGAUUUUCUUGAAGAUGAACUACUAUCAUUGAAAGAUGAGAAUAAGAUUUUAAAGGACAAAUAUGAAAACCAUCCAGAACUAUUGAGCAUAAAGAUUGAGUUACAAAGAGUUAGAGAUGAGCUGGAACGUUACCAGAACUUUCAUGAUAUGGGUGAAAGGGAUGUGUUGGUUGAGGAAAUUCAAGAUUUAAGAACUCAACUUAAAUAUUAUACAGAAACUUCACAAAACCUAGGUAUGAAAAGAAGUUCUGUCAUAAAGUUACACCAUUCACGUGAGCCUAGUAUAGGUCCAUCAUUGUGCUCCAUUCCUGAGUCUGCUGACGAGAGUGCUGAAAAGAAAUUAGAAACAGAGCGGAUGCACUGGACAGAGGCAGAGAGCAAGUGGAUAUCUCUUGCAGAAGAACUUAGAGUCGAACUUGAAGCAAAUCGCGUGCUUGCUGAAAAGCAAAAAGAAGAAUUGAACAUAGAAAAGAAAUGCUCGGAAGAGCUAAAGGUGUCGAUGCAGAUGGCAAUGGAGGGUCAUGCCCGCAUGAUUGAACAAUAUGCAGAUCUUCAGGAGAAACAUAUUCAAUUGCUUGACAGACACAGGAGAAUUCGGGAUGGAAUAGACGAUGUCAAGAAAGCAGCUUCCAGAGCUGGAGUAAGGGGUGCCGAAUCUAAGUUCAUAAACGCCCUUGCUGCAGAAAUAUCUGCACUAAAAGUUGAAAGAGAAAAAGAAAGAAGGUAUCUUAUGGAUGAGAACAGAGGACUUCAGGCACAGUUAAGGGAUACUGCUGAAGCUGUACAAGCUGCUGGUGAGCUACUUGUCCGGCUCAAAGAAGCAGAAGAAGCCAUUGCCACUGCCCAGAAUCAAGCUGCAGAAGCUGAGCUAGAAACCGAGAAGGCUUACAAGCAAAUCGAUAAAUUGAAAAGGAAGCAUGAGAAAGAUAUUAGUGCGUGGAAACAGUUACUUGCUGAAUCCAGGCUUCCUAAAGAAGCCAUUGAACCAGUUUAUGAUGACUGCAACACGGCAAAAUAUGAUGUUGUGGAACUAGAUCCUACUACAGCCGACCAACAUUGGAGAGAUGAGUUCAAGCCAUUCUAUAAUUCUGAAGAUGAGUCGAGUAGAUUGGCAGAACCCUCAUGGUUCUCUGGGUAUGACCGGUGCAAUGUAUAGAUAUGUAGAAUUGAAUUUUAGGGAAAAGCAUAUGUUUUAAAACUAUAUUGUGCUGAAUAUCUUCUAUUCAAACAUGUUCAUCGCUUAUAUUUUGAAAUAAUGAUUUAAGAACAUCACAUUUGUUGUUUAUUAAAAGGACGUCCAAGAAAUUUUAAAUUGAGCA